AUGAGCCAGGAAAAGGAAGGCCCCCCCCCACGGAGGAACUGUCUUAACAUAUUCUUUCCACAACAAGUGGAGUCAACCAAGCCGAAGUUAAAGCACUACCUGUAUGGAGUCCGCACCCACGACACAUGCGUAGUGAUCCACGUUACACACAAGCAGAAUGGCAACUUUGCGAAGGGCCACGACGAAGGGGUCCAAAUAGUGGGCGAGUUAAUCUUCGUGCAGGACGUGAAGGACGUACCCAAAACGAGUGCGUUAAAACGGCAGGAUGAAGUUCGGUGUAACUACCUCUACGUGGUUCAUUAUGGAGGGAGACCCAUACUUUUAAGUGGAAAAACAGAAGAGGUAAAAAACCAAGACGCCCUAUUCAUACUAUACAAUUUGAGCAAGUACAUCUAUACCAUUUCGGACGACCAUGUGAAUAGGCUCGUUUGGGAGGCACUCAGGAGAGAUGACAUGUUGGAAAAGAAGAAAGUUAAAAAAAGUGGGACAGAAGAGUGCAACCCCGGGGAAGACAAACAAAACGGGGGGGACAAAAUAGGCUCUGAUGAUAUCUGCAAGGACAGCGACAGGGAAAGGGACACCCAGGAAGAGUCUCCUUCUGAUGAAAGCCAUGAUAACCGGGGUGUCGACAAAGACGAACAGGCUGAACACACAGAUCGGUUGGACCAUUUGAACAGACCAAAUUGUAGCAAUGACAGUGUAGACGGUGCAACAAACGAGCAACCACUAAACAUGCACGAAAUAAUCGUCCUAUUGAAUAAGAAAAACGAGUACGCAGAGAGGAUAGAAAAGGGUGAAGAGGAGAAUGGUCCCCGCAGUGACCAGGACAACACCACCAUCUGUAACGAGCAAAACUUAAGUUCCAUCCUUUCGGCCUUCCUAUUUUUAACCUACCUCGUCUCAUCAGUGAGCACAUCAUUUCACUACCUUCUGCGCAUAUUAAGCAAAAUAAACGAGAGGGUUUUUUCGAGGAAUAUAAAAAACUCCCUCAGUUUUUUCAAAGAAAGAUUGCACAUGCACUCGGAAUGGCACUCCUUGUUGACUAGCUUAAUGAAAAAUAGACACAACCCAUCCGAUUAUGCGAAAUACAAAGAGCUACUCCUCAUUCGGUUGUGUAACUUCUUCAUAGAUGCUCUGUUAGGCUUCUUCCUUUUUAUUAUACUCUCUCACGAAAUAAUAAACCUGCGCUUCGCCUUCCACAAAGCGAGCAUUUUAUAUGACUCCGGCACGUUGACGUCCAUAUUGGGAACCCUCCUGCAGAACCCCCUUGGGUUGAAGCUGAACAACAACUUCACCUCCUUCAUUGGAAGUAUAAUCGUCUCCACCCUGGACAAGUGGGAUUAUUUUAAAAAUGUGUUUCCAUUAAAGAGCUCCUCGGCUGUGCAUCUCCUAAAGCUAUCAUCCCUCUUCGGGGCUUCCUUUUUUCUCUCUUUCUUUGUGGACUACCUGAAGCUGAUCACUGUGCACGUUACUCUAAUUUUCGCCUUCCUGAGAAAAAUUCUCUCCAUUUUUCACAGCAACAUGUAUUCCUUGUACCUCCUGUUCAGUGGGAAAAAAUGGAACAUUUUGAAGCUUCGGGUGGACACAAAUUACUACACCAAUGAGGAGGUCAUUCUGGGCACCGUCCUCUUUACCAUCCUGAUUUUCCUCUACCCAACCGUUUUUGUGCUCUUUCUAGUUUUCGGCAUUAUUUACCUCGUCAUCAGGAGUGAGUUCAAUCAGCCAGUUGAAGCGGCAAAGACAAGACUGUGGAUAAGGGACUACACCACCACACGCAUAGGAAUUAUAUACUGCCUCCACCUACUGAAGGAAAUAAUUUUGUACGCCCCCUUUUACGUCCUCCUUUUGAGGGACUCCCAGAAUGGCUACAUCAGCAAGGGGAUAAGGCUCACCCAUAACGUCGAAUGGACAGAGCUGCCCAAGUCGCACUACCUCCUGCUGGAAAACGCCAAUUUUGCAUUUUUCGACAAAAUAAAAUUGUUCCUAGACGUUUUCAUCAACCGGGAGGGUGAAAAGUAA